AAUAAAGCGGCCAGCAGGGGUCCGAGCGCUCAGUGCGUCCUACCGAGAGUGAAACCCUGAGAAGUGUGCUCUCACUCCGAGUGUAAACUCAGAGCGCUCACACUCGCAGACGCGCGCAGGCACGCGCACUCGGUCCGACUUGUACCGGCACGGUAUCGGAGCGACUGAUGCAUGUUCCAGCUCCAAUGGAUACCUUGUCAAAGAAUAGAGGGUGUAUUAAAUGUGACUGAAAUCCAGCUCUGAAGUUUUUUUUUUGUUUUGUUUUGUCAAAUAAUAGCACGGUUGGUUUGGUGGAGCUUGAAAUCUGCAGUCGAACAUGUUCAGCCUGACCAAAAAAGACAAGGAGAAGGAUGGGGUGAAGAAGGACAAAAAAGAGAAGAAGGACAAAAAAGAGAGAAUGUCCCAGGCUGAGCUGAAGAGCCUGGAGGAGGUAGGUGUGCGACGGGGAUUCUUUAAUAUACAGCGUGGUGGUUCCAAAAGAGGAUCCAGGGUCAAGUUGGAGAUCUCUGACCCGAUUCCCAUCCAAGUGGUUAGCAACCCAGAGCUCACUUUGAUGAACGUGACUCACGAGAGGAUCAACAACAAAAGCAGCAUGCUCCUCGAUGUGGGCCAUAUAAGCUCCAGUGACAACAUUAAAGGAGAGGCUAUGCAGGACGUUCAGUGGUCCUCCUCCAAAGAGCAGGCUUCUAGACCUGGAUCCCUGACAAAGCAGGAGUCUCCGGUAAUGAAGCUUAUUAAACGCUUAUCCUUCUCUCAGAAGACCAAAGAGGAGAGUUCCUCAGAAGGAUCAGUUCCAUCAGGACCAAACUCGACUACUCCUUCUCCACAAAUAGAGCCCAAGGAUUUUCAUCAUGUGCCCAAAUACAUCUCCCAUCGACGUGCCCCACUCAAGAAGGUCCAGAUACCCUUAUUAGUGGAUAAGAUGUUUCCAGCAGACUUGCGUUUACCUGCUGUCAUGCCUCCUGAGGUCCCUGAACCCAGGGAGCUGGAGCUCCAGCGGCGCAAAACCGGUGACUUUGGCUUCUCCCUACGGCGCACCACCGUGCUGGACCAAAAACCUGAUGGUUCUGUCUACCGGCGUGUGGUCCACUUUGCUGAGCCUGGGGCUGGCAGCAAGGACCUGGCUCUGGGCCUGGUGCCAGGAGACCGUCUGGUGGAGAUCAAUGGGUUAAAUGUGGAGAAUAAGAACAGGGAUGAGAUUGUGGAGAUGAUCCGGCAAUCAGGAGAGACUGUCCGUCUGAAGGUGCAGCCUAUCGUGGAGCUAAGCGAGCUUAGCCGAUGUUGGUUAAGAAACAGCUCAGGAGUGCGUGGUGAGGCCUAUGAGGUGAAGACCGAGGAGCAGAUAGCUGCAGAACGAGCCUGGUUUGGCACAGAAAAAGUAUGGCUGGUUCACAAAGAUGGCUUUUCUUUAGCGACCCAGCUGAAGUCGGAGGAGGGGAGCAUUCCAGAGGGGAAAGUAAAGAUCAGACUGGAACAUGAUGGGACGAUUCUGGAAGUGGAUGAGGAUGAUGUUGAGAAGGCGAACCCUCCAUCAUCCGACCGAGUGGAAGAUCUGUCUUCACUGCUCUACCUGAACGAGUCCAGCGUCAUACACACACUGCGACAGCGCUAUGGAGGAAACCUCAUCCACACGUACACUGGGCCUAACAUAGUGGUCAUCAACCCUGUCAGUGCGCCAUCCAUGUACUCGGAGAAGGUGAUGCACAUGUUUAAAGGCUGUCGCAGAGAAGACACGGCCCCUCAUAUCUACGGCCUGGCCCAGGCUGCGUACCGGAAACUUCUGACUACACGUCAGGACCAGUCCAUCAUACUGCUGGGUAAAAGCGGCAGUGGAAAAACCACCAGCUGCCAACACCUGGUGCAGUACCUGGUGACCACCGCAGGCAGCAACAGCAAGGUGUAUUCAGCUGAGAAGUGGCAGGCCGUCUACACCAUCCUUGAGGCGUUUGGGAACUGCAGCACGUCCAUGAACGGGAACGCCAGCCGCUUCUCCCACAUCGUCUCUCUGGACUUUGACCAGGCCGGUCAGGUGGCUUCUGCUUCAAUCCAGACGAUGCUGCUGGAGAAGUCGAGAGUGACGCGACGCUCAGACGCCGAAUCCACGUUCAAUGUUUUCCAUUACAUGAUGGCAGGAGCUGAUAGUUCUCUAAGAACCGAGCUGCACUUCAACCAUUUUGCAGAGAACAGCGCCUUCGGGAUCCUGCCUCACUCCAAGCCUGAAGAGAAACAAAAGUCUGCUCAGCAGUUUGCGAAACUCCAGGCUGCCAUGAAGGUGUUAAACAUUUCUGCAGAAGAGCAGAGAACCUUCUGGCUAGUGUUGGGCGCCAUCUACCAUCUAGGAGCUGCAGGAGCCACCAAAGAGUCGGAUGAAGCUGGCCGUAAGCAGUUUGCCAGACAUGAAUGGGCUCAGAAAGCAGCGUAUCUCCUGGGCUGCACUCUGGAAGAGCUCUCAUCGUCCAUCUUCAAACCCCAGGCCAAAGGAACGCUGCCAAGAACCUCUAGCGUCCGCCAGGGGGCCGAGGACUCCGGAGACAGCUCAGGGUCCAAGGCCACGGCAGUGGAGUGUUUGGAGGCCAUGGGUUCCAGUUUAUACUCGGAGAUCUUUACUCUGCUGAUCUCCCUCAUCAACAGAGCUCUGAAGUCCACGCAGAAGCACUCGCUAUGUUCUUUGCUGAUCGUAGACACUCCAGGCUCCCAGAAUCCUCAGCAGGCCAAGAGUGAGAGAGGUGCUACCUUUGAGGAGCUCUGUCACAACUACGCUCAAGAGCGACUCCAGGCUCUUUUCCACGAGCGCACAUUUGUACAAGAGCUGGAGCGCUACAAGGAGGAAAACGUUGAGCUCACGUUGGACGACAUGGAGCCGAGUCCCUCGCUGUCCAUCGCUGCUGUAGACCAGGCGUCCAGUCAGGCCUUGGUACGGACGCCAUCAAGGACAGAUGAGGCGAGGGGACUGCUCUGGCUGAUGGAAGAAGAGGCACUGCACCCUGCAGGAUCAGAGGACACACUACUGGAGAGACUCUUUAGCUACUAUGGACCUGCAGAAGGAGAGAGCAAAGGCCACACACUGCUGCUGAAGAGUGAGCGGCCGCAUCACUUCCUGCUCGCUCACAGCCAUGGUACAGACUGGGUGGAGUAUGAUGCCCGCGGAUGGCUGAACUACGCCAGACAAAACCCCGCCUCCCAGAAUGCGGGCAGUCUGCUACAGAAUUCACAGAAGAAGAACAUCAGUGCAUUGUUUAUGGGGCGCUCCAGCAGUGCGACAGUACUGUCGGGCUCCAUUGCCGGGCUGGAGGGCGGCUCUCAGCUCGCUCUGCGCCGUGCCACCAGCAUGAGGAAGACCUUCACUACUGGCAUGGCUGCCGUGAAGAAGAAAUCCCUCUGCAUCCAGAUCAAGCUCCAAGUGGAUGCUCUGCUGGACACAGUCAGGAGGUCGAGGGUUCACUUUGUGCACUGCCUGCUGCCUAAGACGGAUGCUUUAAGAAGUUCCAGCUCUGCUGAGCUCCAGGGUGAGAGCUGUGAUCCAGGCCUCAUGCAGCUGGACGUGUCCUUACUGAGAGCUCAGAUCCGGGGAUCGAAACUGCUGGACGCGCUUCGCAUCUACAGACAAGGCUAUCCAGACCACAUGGUGUUCUCCGAGUUCCGGCGUCGCUUCGACGUCCUGGCUCCACACCUGACCAAAAAGCUUGGCCGUAACUACAUUGUAAAGGAUGAGAAAAGGGCCGUCGAAGAGCUGCUGGAGUGUCUGGACCUGGAGAAGAGCAGCUAUCACAUGGGCCUGAGCAGAGUGUUUUUCAGAGCUGGAACUUUGGCUAAACUCGAGGAGCAGAGAGAUGAGCAGACCAAACGCAAUAUCACGUUGUUCCAGGCUGCCUGCAGGGGUUAUCUCUCUCGCCAGGCCUUCAAGAAGAGGAAGAUCCAGGACCUGGCAAUCCGCUGCAUCCAGAAGAACAUCAAGAAGAACCGGGGCGUGAAGGACUGGCCCUGGUGGAAGCUCUUCACCAACGUGCGUCCUCUGGUCGAGGUCCAGCUCAGCGAGGAACAGAUCCGAGGCAAAGAUGAGGAGAUCCAGCAAUUGAAAGCGAAGCUCGAGAAGGUGGAGAAAGAGAGGAAUGAACUUAGGCUGAACACAGAUCGGCUGGAGAGCAAAAUCACUGAGCUAUCAACAGAGCUCUCAGAUGAGAGGAACACCAGCGAGUCGGCGUCCCAGCUGUUGGAGACGGAGACGGCUGAAAGGCUGCGUUUGGAGAAGGACAUGAAGGACCUGCAGACAAAGUUUGAGGAAAUGAAAAAGCAGAUGGGAAGCAUGGAGGUGGAGGUCAUGGAGGCGCGGCUCCUCCAAGCGACAGAGCUUAACGGAGAGAUGGAUGACGACGAUGAAACUGGCGGUGAAUGGAAGCUGAAGUAUGACCGAGCUGUGCGAGAAAUAGACUUCACCAAGAAGAAAUUACAGCAGGAGCUUGAUGACAAGUUGGAGGCAGAACAGCAGAACAAGAGGCAUUUAGAAAGAAAGUUCGCUGACCUGCAGGCUGAUCAGGAGGAGACCCAGCGCUCUCUACAGCAGGCAAAGAAGAAAUGCCAGAGAUUAAUGGCUGAGCUCCAAGACACCAAACUGCACCUGGAGAACCAGCAGAGCCGCAACCAUGAGCUGGAGAAGAAGCAGAGGAAGUUUGAUCUGGAGCAGAACCAGGCUCAGGAUGAGGUGCAGAGAGAGAGGAUACAGCGGGAGAAACUGGCCAGAGAAAAAGACGCGUUGACUGGAGAAGUGUUUACAGUCAGACAGCAACUGCAGGAUAAGGAGCUGGAACUGUGCGGGCUGAACGUAAAGCUGGAGCAGCUGGAGGCCGAGCUACAGGAUCUCUCCUCUCAGGAGUCAAAGGACGAGGCAUCGCUGGCCAAGCUGAAAAAGCAGCAGCGCGACCUUGAGGCAAAGGUCAAAGAUCAGGAGGAGGAGCUGGAUGAACAGGCUGGAUCCAUCCAGAUGCUGGAGCAGGCUAAGCUACGUUUGGAGAUGGAGAUGGAGAGGCUGAGGCAGAUGCAGUCAAAGGAGCUUGAGAGCAAAGAUGAAGAGGUGGAGGAGAUUAGACAGUCAUGUAGCAAGAAGCUGAGACAAAUGGAGCUGCAGUUGGAGGAGGAGUAUGAUGAUAAGCAGAGGGUUCUGAGAGAGCGGAGAGAGCUGGAGAGCAAACUGCUGAAUGCUCAAGACCAGGUGAGCCAGAGAGACGUGGAGCUGGAGAAGCGUCUGAAGAAGGACCUGAAGCGCACCAAGGCCUUGCUGGUUGAUGCUCAGCUCAUGCUCGAUCACCUGCAGAGCAACGCACCAAGCAAGAGAGAGAUCACGCAGCUCAAGAACCAGCUGGAGGAGUCAGAGUUCACCUGUGCAGCAGCUGUGAAAGCACGCAAGUCCAUGGAGCUGGAGCUCGAGGACCUGCACAUCCAGAUGGAGGACAUGUCCAAGGCCAAGAUAGCGCUGGAGGAACAGAUCAGCAGACUGCAGCGAGAAAAGAACGACCUGCAGUCACGUCUGGAGGAGGACCAGGAGGACUUGAAUGAGCUGAUGAAGAAGCACAAGGCAGCUGUGGCCCAGUCAACAAGGGACUUGACUCAGAUCAGCGACCUGCAGGCUCAGUUGGAGGAGGUCGGAAAGGAGAAGCAGGAGAUUCAAGAUAAGCUCCAGUCUGUGCAGAACCAGCUGGAAUUCCAGGAGCAGUCAAUGGUGGAGAAAUCUCUGGUCAGCAGGCAAGAAGCCAAGAUUCGCGAGCUGGAGACCAAGCUGGAGUACGAGCGCACCCAGAUCAAACGCCUGGAGGCCCUGGUGACGAGGCUGAAGGAGAACCUCGAGAAGAUAACCGAGGAGAGGGACCAGCGCUCAGCUGGCGAGAACCGCGAGAAAGAUCAGAACAAGCGCAUGCAGCGGCAGAUCCGCGACAUCAAAGAGGAGAUGACUGAACUGGCCAAGAAGGAGACUGAGGCCAGCCGCAAAAAGCAUGAAUUGGAAAUGGACAUCGAGAGCCUGGAAGCAGCCAAUCAGAGCCUGCAGGCUGACCUCAAGCUGGCCUUUAAGAGGAUCGGCGAUCUGCAAGCCGCGAUUGAGGACGAGAUGGAGAGCGACGACAACGAGGACCUCAUCAAUAGCGGAGACGAUUCCGAUGUGGACUCUGAGGUGGAGGACCGUGUGGACGGGGUGAAGUUCUGGCUCGCAAAAAAUAAGGGUUCCACCAAGACCCUAUCAGACGAUGGCAAUUUGAAAGCCCCCACCCUCAAAUAUCCUAAUGCAGCCAAUGCUGAUGUAAAAGACUUAAAAGAAGGGAAGGCUGUGAAAGAAGGUCAGGAUGUGAAAGAAGGGCAUAAAAAUAGCAAAGACACUGAGCUGAGUAGACCCGUGUCUGUGAUGAGCUCGCUUAGCUACAGGAAGCGUUCUAACCUGAAGGACUCCAUUGGAGGCACUGGGGAUGAGAACUCCCUUUUCAGUACCCUAAAAGAGCAACCAGACACCCUGGACCGCGCGUCACUCCGCAAAGCUAAGAACAAGUCCAGCGAGAAAGCCGGAGAUGACCUAGAUGACCGGAGCUCCGUCAUCUCUCAAGCCUACUCUGAAGCCACCAGCAGAGCCAGGAAAGGUCUGGAACGACGUUGGAUCAAGAGUAGCCCAGAAUUCGACAAGGAGUCUGUCGUGUCUUCCGUGGCACUUAGCAGAACUUCCUUGCGCCGUGGACUGGACCAGGACAAUGAUGCUAGCUCCACAGUAAGUGGCUACAGCGUGCGCCGAAGCACGUCAAGGAUGGACGAUAGCCGAAGCGACUGUGGGUCUGCAGUGAGUCCCGGCUUAAGUCGCCGCUCAGGAGGACGAAGCCCCGGGAGCAUCAGCCUGAGCUCCCGGACCUCGUUGGCGCGCAGCAGCCGGCUUAGCGAAUUCGGUGUUAACCUGGCAGACAAUGAUGAUGCUAUGAGCGUGGCCUUCAGUGAAGGUGGACUCUCAUCCUAUAGUCCUCGCUCUCGAGGCCGAAGCCUUUCUAGCCCCGCCCAGAGCCGUUCAGCUGGGGGUGAAGCACUCGAUGACACGGAUAUCAAACCAGUCAGCCACCGCAACUACCUGGACCCUGAUCUGGAAAAAGCCAUCAAUGAAGUUCUCAGCUUUAAGCCCAUCAAGUUCAAGCGCCGCAGUCUGGAGGACUCUGAUGAAGAGAACAGAGGAGCAGGAGAAGAGAAGGAUGACAGGAAGAGCAUACGCACUGUGAAGAGCUCCCUGCAGGAGGAGGAGGAUCUUCAUACUGAUCUGCACAGAAGCACAUCUAGAAUUCAGCGUUCAGCAUCUGGCUCGGCACUGGACUACACUCGCUCCUCCAGCAGCUUGAGCUCUCGCAGCAGCCGCAAAGCCAAGAAGAAGAAGAAGAACCGAGACUCGGAAUCGGAGAACUCGUCAGCUGACGAACGCAGAAAGAGUUCCAAGAAGAAAGGGAAAAAGGGGUCCAGGAAAGGAAAGAAGAAGGAAAGCGAGUCCGAAUCGUCUGAAUCAGAAUCGUCUGACUCUUCUUCCAGCUCCAGUUCUGCCGUUUCCUAUCGGAGUUCCAAAAGCAUAAAGAAGGGCCCUGGCCGUGGUGCACCAGGAUCUGAUGAGGAAGCGGGGCUAGGUGGUCUUGCAGAAGAGAGACCCCCAAGCAAGAAAGAAGAGAGGAGGAAAAAGAAGAAAAUGGACUGCCUGGUGAUGAAGUAUCUUUACAGGCCGGAUAGUGAUUAAAAGCAGGAGGUGCAGCAGCCCCUCUUCCUUUCGGAGACACCUGAGCCGGACUGAUGAAGAGGUAGGCGAGGAGGAGGAGGAGAAGGAUCUCCAGC